AUGGACUGCAAGGUGCAGCCCCGGGGCUGUGCAGUCUUUGUAGAUAUGGGUCCUGGACAUAGCCCUGAUGCUAUCCAUCAGACAGCUGUGACUAUGCACAGGGAGCUAACUGCACACCCCGAAGUCACCCUACUCCAAUAUGUGGAUGAUCUGCUGCUGGCAGCCGACACCAAGGAGAACUGUGAGUCUGGGACCCAAGCACUAUUAUCCGAGCUUGCUCAGCUCGGAUAUAGGGCUUCUGCCAAAAAGGCCCAAAUUUGUCAACAAGAAGUAAUCUUCCUGGGUUAUUCUCUUAGGGAUGGCAAACGAUGGCUUACUGAGCCUAGAAAACGAACUGUUGUGCAGAUACCGCCCCCAUCUAAUAAGAGACAACUCAGAGAGUUUCUUGGGACUGCCGGCUUUUGUAGGUUAUGGAUUCCUGGGUUUGCGUCUUUGGCUGCCCCUCUAUACCUGCUGAUAAAGGGGGAUGCCCAAUUCCAAUGGACCCCUGAACACCAACAGGCUUUUGAUAAUAUCAAAAAGGCGCUGCUAUCUGCUCCAGCCUUAGCACUCCCAGAUGUAGAAAAACCCUUCACUCUCUACAUCGAGGAAAAGAGAGGAAUAGCACGGGGAGUGCUCACUCAGACUUUGGGACCUUGGAGAAGGCCGGUAGCAUACUUAUCAAAGAAACUGGACCCAGUGGCUAGCGGGUGGCCCCAUUGCCUAAGGGCUAUAGCGGCGGCAGCCCUUCUAAUAAAGGAUGCUGAUAAAUUAACAUUGGGACAGAAGCUGACCAUCAUAGCCCCCCAUGCCCUGAAGAGCAUCAUCCGUCAGCCUCCAGACAGGUGGUUGUCAAAUUCCAGAAUAACCCAUUACCAGAGCCUCUUGCUUGACAAAGACAGAAUAACGCUGGGACCCCCUGCUCCACUUAACCCGGUUACACUGCUGCCAGAAGAAUCAUCAGGACCCGUCGCUCAUGAUUGUCAACACAUACUGGCAGAGGAGACCAGUGUACGCCGAGACUUAAAGGAUCAGCCACUGCCCCGCCCUGAGGUCAUAUGGUUUAUGGACGGAGGAGCAGCUUCCUCCAAGACGGUAAGCGGUAAGCGGUGGGCUGGAGCAGUGAUAGUUAGCAAAACUAAUGUUAUCUGGUCCUCUGGCCUCCCAGAAGGGACAUCAGCUCAAAAAGCAGAACUAAUUGCCCUUACGAAAGCACUGGAGCUAGAAUCAGGCAAAAGAGCCACCAUAUACCCUGAUAGCCACUAUGCAUUUGCCACUGCUCAUGUGCACGGGGCUAUUUACCAGCAAAGGGGGCUAUUAACCUCUGCCGGGAAGGAAAUAGAGAACAAAGAUGAGAUCCUCCACCUUCUCUCGGCAGUGAAAGGCCCUAAAGAACUAGCUAUAGUGCACUGUCAGGGGCACCAGAAGGGGAACGACCCCGUGGCAGUUGGAAACAGACGGGCAGAUGAAGAAGCUAAGUUGGCAGCCCUAAAUGGAGCGACCCUGUKAACUGUUUCCACGCCGGGGGAACAACAACCAGGAGACUUGACUACACAGGAACGUUCAGGCAACUUAUCUUCUGGGGACACAGACACAGAACUCUGGGAUCCUGCAGUGACCAGAGUCACUUUGCAUCACUAA